AUGACUGUUUUUACUGGUCUCUUACUUGUCUUUGUUCUCACACAAUCUCAGAAUCCGGUAGAGGACGGCACUGAAUCUGGUGCUCUUGAGUUGGUCUCUGUCACAGAAGAGGAGCUUCCUGUAGUCGAGACGCCCACAACCUUCAAUGUGAGUUCCUUCAGCAGUCAAAACAGUCACUUCUACGACCCAGACUCGCAGGACCCUCAUGUCCCCGUUGAGCUGCCCACUGUGGUGUCCGCUCCACUGCCUGUGUAUAAAGUCCAGAACAUUCAGAUCCCACCCAGCCCAGGUGUGCCCGUCAUCAAGGUCCAGCCCUUCUUGGUUGGAGAAAGACUGUCAGACUUGAAGUCUUUGUGUUGGCCGUAUGUGUCUCGCAGAUUGCUGGCUCUGCUCAUCAUCUUGGGCUUGCUAAUUGUCUUGAUUUUGGUUCUAGGAAUAGGUUUGGGAGUGGGUCUGAAGAGCUGCUCAGGAAAGUUUCAGUGUUUGUCGUCGGUUCAGUGUAUCAGCAGAAAUGCUGUGUGUGAUGGAGUCGAGGACUGUGGAGAUGGAGAAGAUGAGCUCAACUGUGUGCGUGUGAGUGGCAGGAGCUCUGUGCUGCAGGUGUUCAGUAGGGGCUCAUGGAGGACUGUGUGCUCUGAGGGCUGGGAUUCUCACCUGGGCUCAGUAGCCUGCAGACAACUGGGAUACAGCAGUUAUGUGAACUCUACUGAAGUUCCCAUCUCCUCCAUUGAAGCAGUCUAUCAGAAUAAUCUAGUGGCUCUUAAUAUCAACCAAACAGGACUUAAAGACAACUUCAAGAUCCAAAACUCUUCAUACCUCAGAAAGACUCGAUGCAGUUCUGGUAUAGUGACUGCUGUCAAGUGUAUAGAGUGUGGAUCCAGGCCAGGUGUCCGCAGUCGUAUUGUGGGAGGGAACGUGUCGAGGUCUGAGCUGGUCCCAUGGCAGGUCAGCCUGCAUUAUCAGAACCAGCAUCUGUGUGGAGGAUCAAUCAUCAGUGAGCGCUGGAUUCUCACUGCUGCGCACUGUGUGUACCACUUUGAUCAGCCACUGUUAUGGGGCGUGUAUGCUGGGAUAACAGACCAGCCAUUGAGUGGAUCCGGAGCUCUCUCUUUGGAGAAAAUCAUCUACCACGCCAACUACAGGCCAGGAGAAUUCAGCUACAACAUAGCGCUAGUAAAGCUUAAACUACCUCUGUCCUUCAAUGACCAAGUGGCACCCAUCUGUUUGCCCAGUUAUGGCGAGAGCUUUGAGGAUGGACAGAUGUGUUUGAUCUCAGGCUGGGGAGCCACAGAGGAUGGUGGAGAGGCCAGUGUGUCCCUACAUACCGCUCAGAUCCCAUUACGGUCCAGCAGAGACUGCCGCAGACUGGGUCUGACCUCCUGGAACAUCUGUGCAGGAUUCUCACAGGGUGGUGCUGGAACAUGUCAGGGGGACAGCGGAGGGCCGCUAGCCUGUCAGGGGUCCGGGUGGACAUUGGUGGGGGCAGCCAGCUGGGCUGAGAGUUGUGGACAAAAAAACAAACCAGGAAUUUACACCAGCAUAAGUGAAGCUCUCACAUGGAUUCAGCAACAAAUGGAGAAAGAAGAGGAUCAGCAACACUGAGCAUCUCAUGGUGGAUGAGCUUCUGCUGGACUCCAUGCACAUAUUUCCAUACCUGACAUCCCUUAUCCAACAUAACUUAUGAAGGGGAAAUUAUGUUAUGACUCUUUCUAUAAUUUUGGGUACAAUUAAUAUCAGGAAAAACAAUAAAUUAACUAUUGGUUUCAGUUGAAAUAUUUUUCAACAGUGUAACUUGUCUGCUAGUUGCCAAGCUUAAUCAUUAAACACCAAUUUGAUAGUACAGAUGAAAAGAUGUUUUCUCUGGGGGUGAGUUUGUCAACUAUGUUAUGGAAAAUUGACUGGUAACAUAGUUGACAACUUCACCAUUUUGACUGAUUUGGUUGGCACUGUCUGGCUAACCAAAUGUUAUUUUCUUGAUCAGGUUAACCUGAAUCUUUAAUGUUUAUUUGAAUUAAAAUUAUAAAAAUAUUGCAAAUUGUAACAAUGUACCCAACAUAGUUGAUGGGCAAUUAAUACUGUGUACUCCUUGACAAUAUGUCACUGGAGAUCAAAUAUAGAGAAAACUAAGAGGACAUUUACCAUCAUAAUGUGUUGGAAAUGUUCAUUUUUCUUAGGUAUUUGGAUUGUAGAAAUACAUUUAAUAUUGAUAAUUUUGAUUUGAACUUUUUUUAUUCAUUAUUUUUAACUAAGUCAAGACCACCUCAAUUCAAAAAGUGGACAUUGUAAAAACCAUAAUUUAAGGGACAUAAAGGCAAAAUUAAGGUUUAUUUAAUGUGGUGAGAUCAAACUGAAAAAUGUGAGAUUAUACUAUGUAUUCUAAUAACGGAUAAAAUAUAUAUUUCUUAAGAAAAUUGCAAAAAAAAAAAAAAAAAACUGGACAUGAAAUGUACACUAAAUUAUAUAAUGACCCAAAUAUAUAAAUAUAAUUCCUGUUGAUUCUGUUGACUAUGACAAAAGUAAAUUUAAGAAAUUUACAUUUAUUUGUAAAAUAUAUCUAUUUAUUGUACAUUAUUUACUUGUAUCAUUUAUUUAUUUGUCUAAACUUUUAAGUGCAUAUAUUUUUGUAAGGCCAAAUGUAUACACAAUUAACAUGUGAUGCAUCAAUUAUCUUUCAUUAAAUUAAUGUUAUUAAGAGAUUCACCGUAUUAAAAAGUCUCUGUUUUGCUCCUCUGAAUCUCUGUAUUCUUGCCUUCACUUCCUUUGUUUUUGCUAUAAAUCAUACACGAAGUGUUUGAGAAAUUAAUAAAUGCUAAACCAAACAAAUCCAGAGAAAACAGACCAACAGUAAUCCUAAACAAACCCCAACAUUUUCCACUUUCCAUGAACUACAUUACAAUUUUAGUCAAAUUAAUUAUUUGUGUACACCC